AUGAAUACUCAAAUUAAAUUUCAUUGGACUAAAACUCAAAGAGGUGCACCAGCAAUUCAAAUUGACACUAACGUGUAUCGUAUUCAAAAACGUAAUAAUAAUGGUUCUAUUAGAUUUACAUGCACAGACGAACGUUGUAAUGCAUCUGUAACUUUAUUUAAUGAUAAGAUAAAAUUUAUGAGAGGAAAUCAUCGACAUGAAGAACGCGUUCGACCGUUUCAUAUUGUGCAGAUGGUACAUGAAUUUCAACAAGAAGCUAUUUCUGAUAUAAAAACACCACUACCUCGAAUUUACGAUCAAAUAGCAAAGAAAUUUAGGCGUCAAUAUGGAACAGCAGUUGAACUACCAAUGUUUCAGCAACUUAAAUCUACAGGGUAUCGAAAACGUUUACAAAUACUGCCACCGUCUCCGAAACGAACAAAUAUACGUACAUUUGUAAUACCAGAUAUCUUUCGUUUCAACUUAUCAAACGAACCACUUCUUAUUCACGACUCAGCUGAUCCUGAUCGUAUAAUUGCAUUUGCAUCAAAGAAAUCGCUAAAUUAUCUUGGUAUGUAUAUAAUUCUGAAUAUAACUAUAAGAAACGUAAAGUGGGCAAAACAAAUUAUAAAGAAAGUUUUCAUAAGGAUUGUAAUAAAGAAAUGGUAAUGAAACAAUAUUUUAAAAAGUUUCAAAAAAAUAUUUUUAUAUCUAAAGUACCCUUCUAGUACAGUUUUUAUAAAUGACUAGUAUUUGUAUAUAUAUUCUUUUUGCGAAUAAUAAAUACUAAAUAAAUAAGUGAACUAAUCUUUUAUUAUUGAUGAAAUGGGUGUGGGUGUGGGUGUGGGUGUGGGUAAUAAUAAAGGGAAGAUCUAAUCUCACCCACACCCACACCCAGCAUUAUGCGAGUGCCAUAACUGGGUGCGGAUGUGUGGGUCUGAGUGUGAGUGUGGGUGGAUGUGGAUGAGUUAAAGAUUCACAUCCUCAGUCACACACCUCAAACUCACACCCAAAGAUUUCGCUAGCCUUUAUGCCUUUUGUUUUUAGUCUCGCAAUAAGAAGAUUAUGCUAGAUACACUUCAUUUUAUUUCACGAAGACGACGUUUCCCCGCAAAGUCUGUUCAUUUCUGAAGAACAUCCAAAGGGAAAACAGCAGACUUGAAGUUGAAAAGUACUUCAAAGUACUCUACUUGAAGUAAGCUUAACGUACCUUAAAGUAGCUUAGAGUAGCGCAAAGUACUUGAAGUACAAAAGUCUGCUGUUUCCCCUUGAGAACAUCUCUCCAAACAAGUAUAACAGAAAAAACAAUUUAUCUUAAUGGGUAUCAAGGUCGCUUGAACUGACGCAACUCAAUGUUUGUAUAGGAACAUGUAGAGAAUAUUUUGUGCAAGUCAUCUGUCAAAGAUCUAGUUCAGUUGAAAAGUGUGUCGGUGCGGAUAUGGAUGCUAGGGUAGAUAUGGUUUUCUGUUGAGGCUCACAUCGACACUCACACCCACAGAGAAAACCAUUGUUCACUGUGCAUUCUAGAUUAGAAAGGGAGCAACGUCAGCUAAUAAUCUGCAACUCUACUGCUCUUCGUGACAUUCUGAUAAUAGAGAAUCUGAGACAAACUAACAGGUGUAUAAUUUUCAAGUAGCCAAUAAUAACUUUUGUAGUGAAAAAAGUCAUGUUCUUUAACUUAUAAGAAAAUUUUAAGUCUAUUUAAGUUCUGUUACUUAUGAGAGCAUCCGCCAUAGAAUUGACGAACCGUAAGUGCAUUGUAUAGGGGAAAAAAAUUAUUGUCGAUUUUGGUAUCUAAAAUGAAAGCUUAUGGUCUUGACACACUAAAACUAAAAUAUUAGCCUUUUUGAACUGACUGUUCAAAAACGAUAGAAAGAACACUGACGCUGCGCUCACCCUCAUCCUCAAAAUAGUUGACAUAUUAAACUUUUCUGUCGCAAAGAUAUUUAUAGCGCACUCUAUGCGUAUACGCAUUACAACAGCACAUUAUCAGUCAGCGUCAUCAUUCUUUCUACUUUCUAAUAGAGAAUGUCAGGAAAGUCGAAACAAAAAUAAAAUAUGAAUCUUAGGCAAAUGAACUUACUAGGGAACCUUCCAAGGUGCGGGAGCGCUUUUCAAUCGGGGUUUCGUGCAUCUUGUAGCCCGUAGUGAGUUAUGCUUACAGUAAAAAAAGUUCGGGUUUCUGGCUUGUUUCUGAGGAGAUAUCGAGCUCUUAGUGAAUUUUCUUUAUUGUACGCCUACAGUGGCAGCAAAGCUAUACUUUCAAAUGUUGACCUGAAACUUUGCCUGCAUAAAGGCCUCAGCUAGACUAGUUUGCAUAAAAAAUUUCAGAAGUUUUGAAUAAAGUCUCUCUAAGAUAUGAAACUAUCAAGGUAUAGUCCCUUUUUCAUCAAUAAUAUAUAUAGUAUGC